CGUCACACCAGUUUACGGAAGCGUAACCAGCCACUACAAAAAUGGAGGACGACAUCUCGGAUUUGAGCAGACCACAAAUGUACUUGUUUGGUUGCACCCUCAAGUCGGACAAAAGGGAGUUCAAAGUUGAAGUAGACGACGAUGAUACGGAGCAACAGCUGUCACUCAAAGCAGUGUGUCUUGGAGCCGAGGCUGAGGAUAAGUUCCACAUGGUGGAAGUCGAGGGCCUAACUUAUGAUGGAAAAACGACCAAAGUGCCGCUGGUUGUCCUGAAACCGUCCGUCCUGCCCUCUAUAAGUUUAGGUGGAUUUGAAAUCACACCUCCAAUUACCUUCCGUCUCCAGUCUGGCUCCGGACCAGUUCACAUCAGCGGGCAGCAUUUUGUUAGUGUGAAGGAUUCAGAGGAUGAAGAAGAGGAGAACAAUACGUCCCCUGUGAAGAGGCCUGCGAGCCUGAUGUCGGAGAAGAAGCCUCCAUUGAAAAAACUGAAGAUGGAUUCUGAUGACGAUGAAGACGACAGCGACGAGGAUGAUGAUGAUGAUGAUGAAGAUGAUGACGACAGCGAUGAAAAUGAUGUGAAGCCUCAGAAGAAUGUCGGAAAAGAGUUAAAAAAAACCCCAGCGUCUUCACCAAAGAAGCCCGACAAGACUCCGGUAAAACAAAAUGGCCCCGCAGGAAAACCAUCAGGAUCAGCGGUCAAACCGCAGAUUAAGACACCUGCCCCAGGAAAAGACAAACCCCAGGCUGGCCCGUCUAAAUCUCCCUCUCUGACUGAGAUUAAAAGCAAGUUGUCAACGGCAGCCAUGGAGGGUAAGCCACUACCGAAGACGGAGCAGAAGUUUGAGAAUUUUGUGAGGAGUUCUUUUAAAAUCUCAGACAAAAAAGAGUCCCAGCAGAGCUCUGCUGAUUUUAGGUUUUACAUUGAGAACCACACGAGGAACCCAGACGACCUCAGCCGGAAGCAGGUCCGGAUCUAUCAGCUCUACAGCAGAACCACAGGGAAACACGUCCAGAUCUUGGGGAAGAAAAUCAAUGCCAAUGGAGAUGAUGGGGGCAAGUAUGCCCUUCUUGUUGUCGAGACAGAAACCUUCGGUAGCCACAUUCGUAUAAAAGGAAAAGAGAGCGAACAUUACAUUUGCAUGAACGAAAAAGGCAAAAUAGUUGGAAGGCCCGAUGGAAGGAAGCAGGAGUGUGUCUUUGUCGAAGAAUUCCUGGAGAACAACUACACAGCUCUUGUGUCGGCCAAGUACAAAGGAUGGUACCUCGGAUUCAACAGGAAGGGUCGGCCCAAGAAAGGCUCGCAGACCACGCAGAGGCAACAGGAAGUCCACUUCAUGAAGCGCCAGCCAAGGGGCAGGGUAGACCCACCAGAGGUGUUUCGUUUCACCACAGUAACAAAGCGGACACGAAGGGCUCGGCGAUUAAAACCCAACUCCAAGAGGAACUGAUGGGACCAAUGAGACAGCAUUAAUUUUCCUCGGCGGUGGGGGGGGGGGGGAACUAUAUCUGAAAAUCUCAAGCUUCUUGUCUUAAAAGAAUCACCUUAAAGUCUUCACUCCUGUAAAAGAAAGACAGACAAAAAGAACAUAAAAAUUCAAAGAUGUUUUAUUUUUGUAUUUCAGGAUGACUGAAUAUUUCCUAACUCUUGGAUUCUUCUGGGUUGCUGUCAUUGUGCUAACGUGCCUGUCAUGUUAUUUAUACUGGAUCAACUAAAGGACCUCUGAGAGAAUUCCUGUUGCCGUCGUCCUCAGCUACGUUUGAACUGCAAGCUGAAGGCAUGCUUUCUUUUUGACACUGGGGGUUGAAGCAGGAGCUGACACAAUGUUAUAAAAAUCAGCCAACUAGAGAUUUAUUGGAAUACCUGUCGGUUUUUGUUUGUGUUGCCCCUUACAACGCGGAUCCCAUACUUUCCACUGGAAUCAGACACCAUGGAGAUGAAACGGAGAGAGGUGGCAGGCGCAGGUGACACUGCUGCCGGGAUAACUGUGUAGCUUUGAGUGCAAUAUUUUACAGGUCUUUCUCUUCUUCUUCCCCCCCCCCCCAUAUGUCUGUCAACCUCAGCUUCACUCGUUGCCCCUGGAAUGCGCUGAACCUUCUGAGUACCGUGUGUGAUUUCCUUGACAUUUCCAUGCAGUCUGUGAUUCAGCUAAAACACGACAUGCUUCGACUAGUCAGGCACCAGCUGUGGCUUAAGUCUUGUUUAAACACACACAAAACAAUACAAUACAAACAAAAAUAUAACAACUGAUGUGAUUCAUAUUCCACAAAGUCUUCUAGCUUCAUCACAUUCAGGAGACAGAUUUUAAUCCCUUUCGUCUUCCCUUGGACUCGCUUUUUAACAGCUCAUCCUCACAUGUGUUAAAGUUGUUCCAGAAAAGGAUGCCUUGAUUCUUUGAGUGUGAGCUAGCUAAUAUUUUGGGGUUGGUGAUGAAGACUUCCUCUACCUCCUUGUUCUUUUUGUUUAUCUUUACCUAGUCUGACUGUCUGUGUUCAGUUAAUCUCAAGAAGAAGAAGCUUUCAGUCGACACUGAGCUGAACUGAGCUCUUCUUUUUUUUUUUUUUUCUUCCAAAAUCAUCUUUUGACUGUGAGCUCAUCUUCGCUCCUUUCCCAAAGAUGCUUUUGGGAAAGCUUAAAAUUGAUCCACAGACAGGAAUUCUGUAGCUCCGACCAACCCAAUCACUUCAUAAAUCCACAUUUGACAAUUAAGACGACUUCUCAGAUGAGCAACUUGUCCAGGAUUCUGGGAACAUUUUCUGCAACAUGAGUUUGUGUCUGAAUCCUAAAGGGAAAAGUCUGUCUUUCCUUCUCUCACUGACGAUAAACUCCAGCUCCCUUUUCAUCAGUAGUAUGUAUUCACCUGUCUGCUGGCAGGUUUUUGUAUGAGUUGCUACUAACAACAUGACACAUUUAUGAUUUUUUUUAAACAAAUGUAAGCAAAAAUAAUUUUAUGACUAUUAUUAAGAUAUUUAUUGCCUCCCUUUGUAAAUAAAAUGUGAUGAGUUUUAUUUGGCCUCUGUUAAUAAAAUGAGGACUAUAUUUUAAAAGAAAA